UCCUGUGGUUAUAUUGUCUCUGUGAAGCUGCAACCGUAACAGCCCUCAACACAUUAUCAAUAAUCAAACCAGUCACUGGAUACCUCUCAGGGAAGGUUAACCUUCCCUGCUUCUUCUCCAUCAUCCCAACCUCUGCACCGGUCAUCAGUCCCAAUGGAAAUGCGAGAGACUACUUGAGGAUCAAAUGGACCAAAAUAGAGGGAGGAGUUGAAUCCACAGCGCUGGUGGCACAAAAUGGGGUUAUCAAAAUAGGCUCAAGCUACAGGAACCGUGUAUCAGUGCCAAGUCACCCUGAGGAUGUGGGAGACGCCUCACUGACAAUAGUCAAGCUGCGUGCCAGUGAUGCAGGGACUUAUCGCUGUGAAGUCAUGUAUGGCAUCGAGGACACCCAAGAUACAGUGAACCUUAAUGUCAAUGGUGUGGUUUUCCAUUACCGGGCAAGCACCAGCAGGUACACACUUGACUAUCCGAAGGCCAUCCAAACUUGCCAAAAUGUUGGAGCAACCAUUGCUACAUAUGGACAACUGAAAGCAGCUUAUGAAGAUGGCUUUGAUCAAUGUGAUGCUGGCUGGAUUGCAGACCAGACAGUGAGAUACCCAAUCACGAAUCCAAGGCAGGGCUGCUUUGGUAACCUAAAGACCAAACCUGGUGUAAGGUCAUAUGGGACAAGGAAACCCACGGACACCUAUGAUGUUUUCUGUUAUGUAGACAAACUUGAUGGUGAUGUGUACUAUGCUCCUGUGAACCGUAAGAUGACUUUGCAGGAGGCAGGUGAAGAGUGUAAGAAGAGGGGGGCAGUCCUGGCGAGCCCUGGUCAGCUCCAUGCUGCCUGGCGACUUGGUCUGGACAAGUGUGACUAUGGGUGGCUCUCAGAUGGCAGUGCACGACAUCCUGUAGCAGUACCAAGAAUGCAGUGUGGUGGAGGCCUGAUAGGUGUCAGGACCAUGUACCGUUACAGAAACCAGACCGGCUUCCCAGAACCAACCAAGAAGCUUGGAGCUUAUUGUUUUAAAGGAAGAAGAUGGGUAUUCAGUCAGACAUCAUUUAUUGGUAUGUCUGUGGCAGAAACAACCACCACCAUCAGCUCAUCUACCUUCAUCCCAUUGCUAGAGAGUAGCACCACUAUACCAAGCCCAACAUCUAGAUCAGUAUCAGAGGCAGAAGAAUCCCCAGACUCUUCAGUUCCAUCUAUGUUUUCUACUAGUAUGGCUCCACCACGCCCCACUCCAGCAGGCCAAGAAGAAGAGUUAAUCACCACAGCUGCACCCACCAUAAAAGAGGAACACGAUGAUGUUAAUGAUGUCACAGCUACACCAGACUUAGACAUUGGUGACUUUGUAAGUGCAAAUGUAACCAAUGUGGAAUUUUUCCCCCACCGUGGUGACACAUUCCCAGAACCCCAAAGUACAACAAAAAGCACAGAUACCACAGAGUCUGUAUCCAAGCCUGACGACGAUGAGCCAGACGAUCACUCUGUAAUUCAGAUCAACACAAUCAAACCUGAUGUCCCAAAACCAGAUGAGUCUGUCAUUACAGAGCCAAUGUUUGCCGAGGGGAAGACUGAGGAAACUAUUCUGGAUUCUGGGAUCACCACAACAAUGGCCUCUGACUACACUGACACAGCAACAGAAUCAACUGAACUAACCAGCGAGGAAGUGUUCAGCUCUCCUGAGAUGACACCCUCACUGACUGAGUUUCAUUCAACAACAGAAUUCCCUGAGUAUGAUCCCGACAUUGAUGACAUUGACCUUAAUUAUGUAGUAGAGGCCUUGCCACCUCCUCGGCCUUCCCAACAUGACCUCUCACCAAGACCCACAGAUAGCACUGAUGUUACUGAGGCAACAACAAUUCCCAUAGACACUACCUCUGGAACCACCUUUAUGUGCAACACCCAACCUGGAAGUGAGGUGGAGACAAGUUCCACAAGUCCACCAGAGAGUAGUACAACAGCAAAACCCACACCAAAGAUGCAAGCUGUUGAGAUACCAGCUGGUGCUACGACGGCCACCACCGUACUGAUCAACACUGGAACCUUAGCUGAGGAUUUGACAUCACCAACAAAUGUACAUGUCUUUGGUGAAUCCGCAACUCAGCUGCCAGGACAGGGCGUGGAUAACCUGACAGAAGACACCACCACAGCAGCAAUUGGAACAAAGCUCUUUACAUCUGCUCCUAUGGUUCCAGCUGUGCCUGAAAAGACCACUGCUCCAGGAACAGAUGAACAGUCUAUCCAAGAGACCACUGUCAUUCUGGCACAGAAUGUAUCAGCUGAAAGCACUGACAUGUGGCUCAUACCUUACCUGUGAGGACAGGUUCAUGAUGGAAGGAGGGGAUCUAUUGGAUUUCAAAG